AGUAUCUGCAAUCCUCUGUUGCUUCAGCCGACCCAGCAGCGCUUGCGUCUGAAACAGGCAAUGGUGGGGAACCUUUUCAAGGAUUUUUGACUGCUUCGCAUUCACUCCACAACAAGCCAACUAUUUCAGAGAGCAACUGCGUGAAGAACGAAAUCUGAAAGUUAUUUAUCGCAGCUCACGUUUAUGCUGUCAAAAUGUGCCACUCCAGCUAAGGAAACAUUCCGGAAAAGUGCAAAGUAAUUGGGCGUAAAUUUCCACAUGAUGAAUGAGCAAGGUUUAAUUUACUGGUGCCUUUAAUCGUUAUCAUGCGCCAACGGAAGUAAGAAAACUGCUAUUUCAGGAGAGGAAUCGUUGGGGACAAUAGGAAUCAGUAUCAAAAGAAAAUGGAGAGCGCGGGUGACAGAAAAUACACUUCUCAAUCACAUGUCUCUUAUCCAAACCGGCAUGCAAUGCCAAGCAACUCUAACUUCAGUGGAGCGCCUCCACCUAGCUUUGAGGAAGCCAUAAACAUGCCAAGCGUUCGACCGCCAGCUCUUCGGCCAACAGCACCGCCCCCACGAAAUAUUUUGGAAAAUGAUAACAGUGGAAACCAGCAGACGGAGUCGGUAGAAAAAGAUGAUAGCUGCGAUAUGUGCCUUGCAAGCGUUUUAUUAAUUAUAGUUAUGAGUGUCCUCUUUUUUCUCGUCAACCACCUAAAGCGAUGAAUCAAAGCAACCAAACCAGAAUAUCCAGUACCCAACUCACUUUAAUGGCAGCAUUUUAGCAGCGAGAAAGAAGGAAAGCACUGGCCGCUAAAUGCCAACGAGAAAAAUCAAUCAAACAACUGCAUUUCUUAAAAACUAAUCCAAGGAGAGUCGAGGAAAAAUUUAAUGUAUUUUUAUUCACUUAAAAUGUACUUAUAAUAAAAAUAUGAGAAAAUAUUAUAUCUCUUGAAUAUAUUUUUCGUAAACAUUUCUUGGCCAAAUUGUGGAAAUAUGUGAUUAAUAAGAAAGUUGGAAUAUAAAUAUAGCUCUUAUAUAAAUGUGAUACUAUUUUUAAAAAGAAUUAAAAACAAUACCAUUACAAGAGAUAUUUUAUAAAACGUCCUAAUUGUAAGCUCGAAAAAUCUUUAUUCUGAGAGUUAAAGUGUUGACAGAAUUAUGCUUAAUUUUGAUUCGACUCAAAAUACAUUUGUGCAAAGCUAUAGUCUUUGCACUCAUCUUCUUUUAAAUUCAGACUCCGUGGCGCCUGCGUUCGUACCACACAUGGGAGGGGAGCCUCGGAAAUAGCUCCGCGUCUCCUCUUUUCCCUUCACAUCAGUUAAUGUGUGAAUCGAAUGAGCGAACCUUGCUCUUACAAAAUUUUCAGUCACUAAAAUCAGUUGAAUUGGAGAAUUUUAGCGAUGAAUUUUAUCUUGUGGAAUGAGCGCUAAAAAUUCAAUGGAUUCUACUAAAAAAACAGAUCCUUCUGGUUUCAAGUCUGUACUGAAGUUGCCUCCAGCACGGGAAAGAUUCGUAGAAGUUCCUAUCUCUGGUAACCCAAAAUGUUCACGUGAAACACCUCCACCUUCUUUUGAGGAGGCAAUAGCAAUGCCAAGCGUUCCACCGCCUGCCCUUCAGCCAACAGCACCUCCAGAAGAUGUUCUGGACGAUGAUGACGAUGAGAGUCAGGACAGUGAUUCGUCGGAAAAAAGGGCUAAAGAGACGGUCGUUGGAAUUCUUGCAUUUUGGUUGAUCUUGAUUGCCCUUGUCAUGCUCAGUAAUCUUUUUUAGCUUGUGUGGAAAAUACUGGCAGACACCCCGGUGUGACACGAGCACGGGAUGGAGCAAGACGAUGGUUUAAGAGCACAACUAGGGAAAAAGCGAGAAAUGCGCUGACCAAGUGACCAGAGAUCCCAUGCUCAUGCAAUUCAUGUGAGCAAAAUCUUCUUCCAACUGUGCCCUUUAAAUGAUUCCUCAGUAGAUUAAGAAUACGUGGAUUUUUUAUAAUUAAAUUUACAAUUGUUUUUAAUGUAUUAUAUAUUUAUCUUGGUCUUAGACCAGCACUGUGCUGUACUUUAAGGAAUCAAUUAGCCUUUUCGCAAACUCUUUUGUGUAAGCUGUGAACUGACCCUUUUGUGAUAUGAAAUAAAUUUUAAAUACUAUGAAAUUCUUAAACAA